AUGUCUAACAAGACUGACCCGAAGGAAAACGUCCGCUUCCUUGUGGCAUGCAUCAACCACAGCACCAACGGAAAGCCCAACUUUGACCUCGUUGCCAAAGAGCUCGACAUUGUGUCCAAGGGCGCCGCUGGCAAGAGAUACGAGCGUCUCCUCAAGUCCGCCGGCGUUACUAACAGCGGCAAGUGCUGCGGCGCUUCUCCCGCCGCCCUCGCCGCCGCCGCCGCCAAUGACGACGACGACGAAGAGCCCACCAAGUCAACGGCUAAGAAGCGCAAGGCACCCGAUACGGCCGCCACUCCCAAGGCCCCGGCCUUGAAGAAGGCCAAGGCUGCUCCGCAUGCCAAGAAGACCAAAGUCAAGGCUGAGGCGGAGGAGGACGACGUCGCGGACCGGGACAUCAAGGCCGAGGCCGAGUCCGAUUCUCCCCUUUCCGAUUUCCCAGAGGAGCUGAACGAGAAUGUCAAGGCUGAAGAAGCCUAG